AUAAUCCUGUGAGUUCUUUGCUUUCUCCGGAUGAAACAUUAUUAUAUAGGAAAAACUCAUUAGAUUCUUAAUGAAUCUCAAAGAAGAAAGAGAUCUGGUGCUUGCCUUGAUCACAAGAAAGGGAUUUUGAUGUUUUCGUAUUUCGCUUUCAUGUCAAAACAACCCACUCAGAUCGCAAAUCAUAUAGCUUACUCUAAAAUAAAGAAUCUUUAAUAAAUGAAAUUAAAACCAUGACCAUAUUAUACAAUAAGAAUUCAUAUUAAUUUUGAAACAAGAUGUUGAUGACAUAUCUAUCACUCAAGAACAUUAUACGAAAAGAUUUGAAGAACUGAGAGCCAGUGAACAUGUCAAGGUUGUAACAUAGACACGAGUCUCUAUGUAAAACCAUUAACACGCGAUAUUAUCUAAAGUAGCUUGCUCUUGUAGCAUCUUUAUCAACUUCCAACGCCAAAUUGUAUGACUAACACAUAAGGCAGCUGCUACAUACUCGACUUUACAAGUUAAGAAAGGAACCGAAAAAAGAAAAAGAGAAAAAACAAGAGAAUAUCAUCAUAGGUUGCUUCUUAAGCACCAAAGUGAAUGUCAUUACUGAUAAAGAAAUGGACCUUGGGCCUAACUCAACCUCAAAAGCUAGUUCAUGAGGGGAGGAUUGCCCAAGACCAUAUAAGGAGACCAAGGACCCUUUAACCCACCGAUGUGGGACUCCAACACCCCACGCACGCCCAGGGUGGACAUCUGGAGCGUGGACAAUAUAAGACGGGGGUCCCAACAUUGAAAACAGUGAGCGUGGACAAUAUAAGAUGGGGGGCCCAACAUCGGAAACAAUGAACUGGUUGGGCCUAACUUUGAUACCAUGAUAAAGAAAUGGACCUUGGGACUAACUCAGCCUCAAAAGCUAGCUCAUGAGGGGAGGAUUGCCCAAGACCAUAUAAGGAGACCAAGGAUCCUUUAACCCACCGAUGUGGGACUCCAACAAUUACUCUAAAAGAAAAGAUUGCAGUGUGAAGCAUCGUAGCGAUGCGUAGGGUCGGGGGAAGACGGCCAUACCACAGGGGUCUAUUGUACGUGGCCUUAUCCUGCAUUUCUGCAAGAGUCUGCAUUAUAAAGCAUUGAAUUUAUAAUACAAAGAGAUUUUGGUAAAACUUGAUUUUGCUGCCAUGUGACCAGGAAGUCACGGGUUCAAGCCUUGGAAACAGCCUCUGGCAGAAAUGAAAGGUAAGGCUGCAUACAAUACACCCUUGUGGUGGGGCCCUUCCCCAGAUGCUGUGCAUAGCGGGAGCUUUAGUUCACCGGAAUGCCUUUCUAUCAUUUUCAAUUAGUUAGUCUUGUUUGUGUUGGAAAAAAGAGUCAUGACAAGAAGAUCUUAAAUAGUAAAAAGAUGUUUUUAUUCAUUUUGUUUUUUCUUUACAAAUUCCUUUCUUCUGAUCAAAGCAAACAAUAAGUACCUUUCUUUUGAUCAAAGGCAAAGAUAUGUGUGGUGUUCAGAAUAUUUCUAUGUAAUACUUCAUCCGAAGAAAGCAAAGAACUCACUGGCAAACCAAAUAAAAGAAACGAAAUGGAUCCAACCUUGUACAAUGCCGCGGUGGAAGGUGUUAGAGUGGGUAAAGUCUCACAUUGGUUGGGGAAUGGACUGGUAGUUGGCUUAUAUGGACUUGGGUAAUCCUCACCUCUUGAGUUAGCUUUUGAGGUUGAGUUAGGCCGAAGGUCCAUUUCUUGACGUGGUAUCAGAGCCAGGUCCAUCCCCGUUUUGGGCUCCCGGUCUACGCGCCAGUGCCAGUUGGGCCUGGGCGUGAGGGGGGUGUUAGAGUGGGUAAAAAUCCCACAUUGGUUGGGGAAUGGACAAGUGGUUUGCUUAUAUGGACUUGAGUAAUCCUCACCUCUUGGAGACAGGUUCAUCCCCGUUUUGGGCUCCCGGUCCACGCGCCAGUGCCAGUUGGGCCUGGGCGUGAGGGGGGUGUUAGAGUGGGUAAAAAUCCCACAUUGGUUGGGAAAUGGACAAGUGGUUUGCUUAUAUGGACUUGAGUAAUCCUCACCUCUUGGAGACAGGUUCAUCCCCGUUUUGGGCUCCCGGUCCACGCGCCAGUGCCAGUUGGGCCUGGGCGUGAGGGGGGUGUUAGAGUGGGUAAAGUCCCACAUUGGUUGGGGAAUGGACUGGUAGUUUGCUUAUAUGGACUUGGGUAAUCCUCACCUCUUGAGCUAGCUUUUGAGGUUGAGUUAGGCCCAAGGUCCAUUUCUUGACAUGGUAUCAGAGCCAGGUCUAUCCCCGUUUUGGGCUCCCGAUCCACGCGCCAGUGCCUUUUGGGUCUGGGUGUGAGGGGGGUGUUAGAGUGGGUAAAAGUCUCACAUUGGUUGGGGAAUGGACUAGUAGUUUGCUUAUAUGGACUUGGAUAAUCCUCCCCUCUUGAGCUAGCUUUUGAGGUUGAGUUAGGCCCAAGGUCCAUUCUUGACAGAAGACAAUAUCAGUAAUGGUGAUUUUUCACUUGCUGAAUAUCUGAAAAGGGAUGAAGAAAAUGAGUACCAAGUCACUCCAAUGGGCAACACAAUCUUACACAUGGCAGCUAAUUAUGGCCGCUCACAUUUCGUUGCAGAAGCCCUUAAGAUUAGUCCGGCAUUGUUAUGCCAUUGGAACAAUAAGAAUGAGACUGCGCUUCACGUAGCAGCUAAUGAAGGUCACAUCGAAGUAGUCCACUUGCUACUUAGUAUAGAUGAGCAUCAUAAGGAGACGCUCAUGAGGAUGGCAGAUGAUAAUGGAGAUAAGGGUGAUUUUUCACUUGCUGAAUAUCUGAAAAGGGAUGAAGAAAAUGAGUACCAAGUCACUCCAACAGGCAACACAAUCUUACACGUGGCAGCCCAUUAUGGCCGCUCACAUUUCGUUGCAGAAGCCCUUAAGAUUAGUCCGGCAUUGUUAUGCCAUUGGAACAAUAAGAAUGAGACUGCGCUUCACGUAGCAGCUAAUGAAGGUCACAUCGAAGUAGUCCACUUGCUACUUAGUAUAGAUGAGCAUCAUAAGGAGACGCUCAUGAGGAUGGCAGAUGAUAAUGGAGAUACAGCGAUGCACAAGGCUGUGAGGAGCCGACAUCAAGAUGUAGCUAGACUGUUGGUGAAAGAAGAUCCUGAAUUCGAAUUUCCAUUCAACAAGGCGCGUGAGACACCAAUGUAUCUGGCAGCUGAGUCUGGUCUUCGUGAAGCUUUGGUUGAAAUCUUGAACUCCUGCAAGCAACCAACUUCUUCUGCAGGUCCAUUAAAUCGAACACCUCUGCAUGCAGCGGUAAUUCAAGAGCACACGGAUUGCGCGAGAUUGCUGAUGCAAAAUCUUUGUGUGAGGAACCUGACAUGGGGGGUUGCAAUUCGCUGCACUUUGCUGCUCUUUUAGGAUUGAAAGAAGUAGUUUCCGAUAUGCUCGGG